AGUUGGGUUACUCAUCGCUUGUUCAUCCCCUCACUCCUGUGCUUUCCCUCCCCACUCACCCCUCCCCACCAUGGGGGGCCAAGGCUGGUGAUUGAGUGCCUUGAGUAUUUAAAGAGGACCCUGGGAUUCUCUGCCUUAGUUGAACACACAGAGACCACCCAGGGAGGUUGCUUCUUGAAUCCACUGAGAACCUUAAAGAUGCCAAACUGGGGUGGAGGAGCAAGCUGUGGGGCCUGUGGAAAAACAGUCUAUCAUGCGGAGGAAAUCCAGUGCAAUGGGAGAAGUUUCCACAAGACUUGCUUCCACUGCAUGGCUUGCAGGAAAUCUCUGGACAGUACAACAGUAGCAGCUCAUGAAUCUGAGAUCUAUUGCAAAUCAUGCUAUGGGAGGAAAUAUGGCCCCAAAGGAAUUGGAUUUGGACAAGGUGCCGGCUGCCUUAGUACUGAUACCGGUGAACAUCUUGGAUUGCACUUCCAACAGUCCCCAAAGACAGCUCGGUCAACUACCAGCAGCAACCCUUCCAAAUUUACCCCCAAGUUUGGUGAAGUGGAGAAAUGCCCUCGCUGUGGCAAAUCAGUCUAUGCUGCUGAAAAGAUAAUGGGCGGUGGCAAACCAUGGCACAAGACUUGCUUCCGCUGCGCCAUCUGUGGGAAAAGUUUAGAAUCUACAAAUGUCACUGACAAGGAUGGAGAACUUUACUGCAAAGUUUGCUAUGCCAAAAAUUUUGGCCCCACAGGGAUUGGGUUUGGAGGUCACACAAAACAAGUGGAGAGGAAAGAGUGAAGUAUGCUGAAUUCUGGGCAUUUGAGUAUGACUUUUCCUGGUACAAAGUUUUGAUAAGCAAUCUCACACGGAAUGACACCUUUUCCCAAUAAUCAUCUUCGAAAGCUGGAGAAGAUUUCUUUUCAGAAGCAGCCGAUGUACUAAGUGAUGCUAGGAAAGUCUUUGGAAGAAAAUUAAUGUCAGUCUAUUAUGUUACAAAUAAUUUAAUUCUUGGGCUACUUUUGGGAUUGAUAAAUGUUAACUGGUGCCAGAGGAUGUCCUGGUACAUUUCUUAAAUUGAGUUUUUAAUGGGGAAUAAUUUUUCAAGAGAAUGUGGAAACACAUAUCCUUUACAGUCAGUCUCAGUCAGGUGUCUGGUAAUCACAACCAUGGGAAGUGAAUGGGAGCUUUGGAAGUUGCGAGCCUAAUGUAAAGAUUUCCUUGCAUAUGGUAGGUGUUUAAGAAAUGUUUGUUGAACUGAAUUAAAGAAAAAAUAAAAGAGGAAAACAGUCGACUAAGGAAAACAGUAGAAGAUUCGAGUCACUUUCCCAGCCUACCAGCUUGGAGAAAAAUUCAUAUAAGGGUGAAGAGAUGAGGAGGUGAGGGAAAAGAGAAAAUACGGUUCCAAUUUUUAAGCAGAAAGUUAAAAGCAUGCUGUUGUUGGAAAGGAAAUAUUUAUCUCAUCCACCAGAUUUUUAAUCCUGCAUGUUUCUUGAAAACUCAAAUGAUAAUAAAUGGUAGAUAUUGUUUACUUCACAAACCA